AUGCUGUUUACUCAUUCUUUUUUUCCCUUUUUAUUUUCUUUACUUCUUUCUUUGUUUUUCCCUCUGUUACUUAUUUUCUGCGUUCGCUCGCUCGCUCCCUCUCUCCCUCCUUUUCCCCCUUCCUUUCUUCCCUUUCCUUCUCUCCUUUCAUUUCUUUUGUCCUUUCCUGCUCUUCUUUUAUUCAUUUCCUUACUCCCCCGCGUUUCUUCCCUCUUCCAUGUCCUUUCUUUCUUUCCUUUAUUUCUUCCUUUCUUCUUUUUUAUCCACUCCUUCACUUCUUCCCUUUCUCCUCUCCCUUCCCUUACGACUCUUUCUUCUUUCCAUCCUUUCGUCCUUUACCCUUCUUCUUGUAUCCACUCCUUCACUUCCUUAACUCUUUCCUUCUUCCUUCCCUUCUCUUCUUUCCUCACUUCCCUUCUUUCUUUCUUUCUUUCUUUUCGUCCUUUCCUCUUCUUCUUUUAUCCAUUCGUUCACUUCCUUCUUCCAUUCCUUGUCUUCCCUCCCAAACGACAUUUCCUUCUUUCCUUCCUUUCGUCUUUCCUCCUCUUCUUUUAUCCACUCCUUCACUUCCUUUCAUCUUUCCUUCCUUCUUUUCCCUCCCUCACAAUCUUCAUUCUUUCCCCCUUUUGUCCUUCCCCCUCUUCUUUUAUUCACUCCUUCACUUCCUUCUUUCUUUCCUUCUUCCUCCUUCUCUUACUUUCCUCACUCCCCUUCUUUCCUUCAUUUCACUCUUAUCCACUCCUUCUCUUCCUUCCUUCCUUUCAUUCUUCCUUCUUUCUUUUCCCUCCCUCACAACCUUCCUUCUUUCCCCCUUUUGUCCUUUCCCCCUCUUCUUUUAGUCAUUCCUUCACUUCCUUCUUUAUUUCCUUCUUCCCCUUUCUCUUACUUUCCUCACUCCCCUUCUUUCCUUCAUUUCACUCUUAUCCACUCCUUCUCUUCCUUCCUUCUUCCCUUCCUUCUCUUCCCUCCCUCACUACACUUCUUUCUUUCUUUCCUUUCCUCAUCUCCUUUUAUUCACUCCUUUACUUUCUUCUUUCUUUCCUUUUUCCCUCCCUUUUCUUUCAAUUUAUUCUCUUUCCCUUCUCUCACCGUCUCUCUUUCCCUUCUCUCACCGUUUCUCUUUCCCUUCUCUCACCGUCUCUCUUUCCCUUCUCUCACCGUCUCUCUUUCCCUUCUCUCACUAUUUGUUCUAUCUAUCUAUCUAUCUAUCUAUCUAUCUAUCUAUCUAUCUAUCUAUCUAUCUAA